AUGUUUCGCAUAUCCUCAUGUUUUCACAGUUUCUUUCUCAAUGCUGUCCGCUGCACCUUCAUCGCUGACGUGCUGUACGGCUGCCGUUACAGCCCACACAUUGGAAUGUGCCACCAUCCGUACGUGUACGUGAAAACAGUGUUGUUUUGCGUCUCCAGUCGUCCGGAGCAGCGGCUUGAACGUGAGUAUAUGCGUGGUCUUAUCGAACACCUUGUCGCGUGCGAUGCGAAGCACGAUACGCAGACAAAACUAGAACUGAUGCGGUUUGUUGACGUCGUGCCGGCCGCCGCAAGCCUCGGUGGUAGCGGCCACAGUGAGGUGCUGAGCGCCGGAAAAAUGGGUGGUGAAAGCGGAAUGUCCUCUUUCUUCACGGGUACUCUCUUCCCCGCAGUGUUGGGUCAUGUGUUACUAUACGACGCGGUUUGCGUAUGUAUGUCAGGUGGUUUGUACGACGAUGCGGCGCGCGACUGCGUGGCGCAGGUGGCGGCAAGGCUAGGUGUCUCUCAGCACGGCCGGGAAAUGAUUGAAAAAGCGGCAAUACGUGAGCAUCAGUUGGCUGCGAUGAAGCGGCAGCUGCUUCUCCUACCUGAGACCCCGCCACUGCGUUGA